AUGUCCCUAUCGGUGAUCCCAGUCUCCAACGAGACCAAGAACACAUCGCACCGCACCACCAAGGAUGGCCGUCGCAUUCGCUAUGAUAUGCAGGUGAUCCAGCAGCCCGAGCGCGCCCGUGCCUGUGGCAGCGGUGCCAAGUCGAGCGCUGACCGUCGCCCUGUGGAUCCUCCACCCAUUGUCGAGCUGCGCAUCUUCGAGAACGACCAGGAUGUCACCUUCGCCUACAACGCCAACUUCUUCCUGCACGCCAGUCUCGAGAAUGCCCGUCCCCUCGCUGCAGGUCGUACUGCACCUUCCAUCUCUGGCACACCAGUCCUCACUGGCACUCCAGUUGCUGGCAUGGCCUACCUCGACCGCCCAACGCCUGCCGGCUACUUCAUCUUUCCCGAUCUCUCUGUCCGCCACGAGGGCAAGUACCGUCUCAGCUUUGCCCUGCUCGAGAACCUGAGCGAGGUCAAGGAUCUUGACCCAGAUGACCCGAACGUGAUCCACGACGGUAACCGCUUCGUCACCAACCGCUGCGAGGUCAAGUCGGCGCCCUUCACCGUCUUCUCCGCAAAGAAGUUCCCUGGAUUGUCAGAGAGCACUGCGCUCAGCCGCAUGGUCGCCGAGCAGGGUUGCCGUGUCCGCAUAAGACGCGAUGUUAGGAUGAGGCGUCGUGAGAACAAGAGCUCGAAGGAGUGGGACGGCUACGACGAGGAAAAUGAGUAUGGACAACAAGCACGACGCACGCCAACUCCUGAAACCUAUGGUGGACAACCUGGCAUGCCAGCACCUGGCGCCCCUAUGGAUGAACGUCCUCGUUCUGUGUCGAACGCCAGCAACUCAUCGCUGGCUCCUCCGCGUCGUCCAAGCAUGGAUGAGAUGGCACAGGCCUACCAGCAGCCGAACACCAACUACCAGCAGAUGCCUCCACCGCAGAACGCCGGUUACUCUCACAUGCCAAGCCAGCCUCAAUAUCAGCCGCAGUACCAGCAGCAACAGCAGUACGCUCCUCCGCCCGCGAGCCACAUGAUGCAGCCACCUCAACCCUCAUACUCGCAACCGCACCAGCAACAACCCCAGCACCAGCCUCAGCCUGCGUACAACGGCUACCAGACUCACACUACGAUGCCAAUGAACCAGUCUUACGGAUACCCAAAUCAUCAACAGCCACAGCAGUCUCACUACGAACCCCGCCAGGAACAACCAGCCGCCCAUCAUCAGCCAAUCGACUACCGCAGACCAUCCAUCCCUCAGCCAACUCAACAAUACGCGCCUUCGAGCCAACCGCAAUUGAUGUCGCCUUACAGUCCGGUAGACCCGUAUCAGCAACGAUCGCAGUCUAUGAGUCAUCCUAUGCAACCGAUGCAAACACCUGCCCGUCCUGCCUCGAUCUCUGGCCCAAGCAGUAUGCACCCACACAACAGCCACGCUCUACCCACACUGAAGACCUUGCAACCGCCAAUUGGCACAGACAAGCUGACGCCUGUCUCGCCUUCGUACAACUCGCCAAUGAACACGAUGUCUUCAGGUACCGUGUCUGCCAACUCCGACACCUCCAACUCGAAUUACGCUCUGCACAACUACCCUGCCUCGAACCUCCCACCAAUGUCAAGUACUGCCGGCCAGAAACGAUCCUUCUCCAACACAUUCGACCAGGGUCACGUCACCGGGCGCUUGACGCAGGCUGCCAUGAGCUACCGGCGAGCAGACGGCACACAACGUCAGCGUCACGUUCCAGAGGUGAAUGUCUAG